UGUAAAGGUCGCGGUGUUUGUCUCUCCUCGAUUGCGCCGACAAGUGAGGGCACUAUAAGCUUCUCCAGUGGAAGAGGGACAUGAAGCUCACGUAAAGCGUUUGAAUUUCACAAAGUAUCUCAAGCAAACGUGGCUAAGAGGGGUUUAUAAAGCUCUAUGGUCUAAGUGGGGUGUCGAUGAACUGCGAUCGAAGAAUCUGGCAGAGGCUUUCAACAGCAAACUCGGUGUCCUUGGAAGUGAAGAAGUGGAACACCAACAAGAAGAGCUUCGCAAAUUCAGCACCCUGACGAAGGAAGGCGGCUGCGAGCCAGGGACCGAGAACGGAAAGAAAAUAUGCGAACUGAUGCAAGAGUGA